AUGGAACUCUCCAGAUACCUUGCCCUCCUGGCCGUCGUGCUGCCCGUCGUUUACGGUGCACCGACCGAGGCCUCGACCAGCCUCCACCCCAAGAUCCUUGCUGCCAUGAAGCGCGACCUUGGGCUGGACGCCGAGGCGGCCACGGCGCGUGUCGCCUUUGAGCACGCGGCCGUGGACAUCAUCGAGCAGCUGCGCACCUCGACGGGCGACUCGUUCGCCGGUGCCUGGAUCUCGGACAACGGCGCCACCCUCAACGUCGGCAUCACCGACGAGAGCCUCUCCGCCGGGGUGGUGGCUGCGGGCGCCACGCCGGCCAUCUUCUCCAGCAGCCUGUCCAAGCUCGAGCAGGCCAAGGAGGCCCUCGACAAGCUCAACGCCGAGAAGCCCGAGACGCUCGUCGCGACCUCGGCCGACUCGGGCAUUGCGUCGUACUACGUCGACGUCACCACCAACAAGCUCGUCCUGGAGGCGCUUGCCGACAGCGUGGCCCACGCCGAGUCGCUGGCCGCCGAGGUCGGCCUGGCCCCGUCCGAGUUCGAGGUGGUGACGGUCGAGGAGAUGCCGUCGACCUUUGUGACCAUCCGCGGCGGCGACGCCUACCGCAUCGGCUCCAGCCGCUGCUCCGUCGGCUUCUCCGUCACCACGGGCUUCGUCUCGGCCGGCCACUGCGGCAACGUGGGCACCGCCGUCCAGACCAGCACCGGCGCCUCGCUCGGCUCCUUUGCCGGCAAGGUCUUCCCCGGCAGCGCCGACAUGGCCUUCAUCCGCACCGUCAGCGGUCACCAGCUCACCGGCACCAUCAACGGCUACGGCCGCGGCAACCUGCCCGUGUCCGGCAGCACCCAGGCCGGUGUCGGAUCCAGCAUCUGCCGCUCCGGCUCCACCACCGGAGUCUACUGCGGCACCGUCGGCGCCCUCGGCGCCACCGUCAACUACGCUCAGGGCAGCGUCACCGGCCUCACCCGCACCAGCGUCUGCGCCGAGCCCGGCGACUCUGGCGGCUCCUUCUACUCGGGCGCCCAGGGCCAGGGUGUCACCUCGGGAGGCUCCGGCAACUGCGCCUCCGGCGGAACCACCUACUUCCAGCCCCUCAACAGGAUCCUGUCCACCUACGGUCUUACCCUGGUCAGGGGUUGA